AUGUCCAUCUUUAACCUCAACUUCCGCGUUGCAACUGCAGAAGAUGCUCCGCAGCUGCAACAACUGAUCCAAUCCGCGUUUCGCGCCGAAGACAGCAGACAAAGCUGGACCGGCGACAUGGGCCUCGCCUCGAAAUUCUGCAUGGAAGUCAAAGAGAUCGAGACAUUCAUGACCCCAGAAUGCGAUUUCUUGAUGGCCACUGACAAUAAUGGCGCCCUCGUGGGCACUAUCGGUGUGUCCAAGCGUGGUGCCAACAGCGCUCGUCUUUUUUUGCUUGCUGUGGACCACCGACACCAUCGCAGUGGCCUUGGACGACAGGUACUUGCAUAUGCAGAGGAAUAUUGCCAGCGGACUUGGGGAGCCACGAAGCUGGGGCUGAACGCACUUUCUACACGCCAGGCACUUAUCUCGUGGUACAUGCGUCGUGGCUACCAAAAGACUGGCGAAACAUCGCCAUUUCCGCGCGAUAAGUUCGCGGAGCUUGAGUUGCCGGAUGACCUGUGCUGUAUUGAGUUUGAGAAAUAUCUGAAUACGGUCGCCGUCGCAGAAGAUGCUGCAUGA